AUGGCCUAUUCACCGCAGCAUGUCAAGGUAUACUUUGACCGCAUCAAUCUUCCCCAUGAGGUGCGACGAAAGUUCAUGCUACCUGCGGGGGGGAUCGACUCCCUCGAUGCAUUAACGACACUUCUACACCACCAGCUUGCGGGAGUACCAUUCGAGAACACCGUUUUACACUACACGCCAGACCGCCUGCUAACGUUAACGCCCAAAUACGUGUACAAUAAAGUUGUCGGUCGAGGACACGGUGGUAUGUGUUUUCAAGUGACCCGAAUGUUCUACGAGAUCCUGGUCGCCCUGGGAUAUGAUGCUUUCCCUACAUGCGCACGACUCAAUGUGAAUACUAGUGCCGCUGCGGUGGGAAAGGAUCCCACCAAACCAUCUUUUGGAGACUGGUCUCACAUGAUUACUAUUGUUACUAUUGAUGGGCAAAAGUAUCUGGUGGAUUCAAACUUCGGUCCUAACGCCCCUAUUUACCCUGUUCCGUUGAAAGAUGGUCAUGAGUUUGACGACCUAGACGGGCGCCGAGGACGUAUUAUCUCGGACACGCUUCCUCGGACCAAGUCGAACGACUUUAAAUACUGGCAUAUUCAGUUCCGCAACAGCGCCAAAGAUCCCUGGGUUACCUCUUACGCCUUCACCGAAAUGGAGUUUCUGGAAGGAGACUACACCGCAAUCGAACGGGGAAUUCGUACAAACAAACGGUCAUGGUUUUUGUACAAGGUAAUGGCUUUUCGAUUCGUUCUAGAUGAGGAGACGAAAAAACCAGCAGGGUGGAUUCUUCUGUGGGAAAACCAGCUACGGAAAAGAAUCCAUGGGAAGUUCCAGACGAGGACAGUUCAUUCUGAAAGUGAGAGAAUUGACGUUCUAGAAGAAGAAUUUGGAAUUGUAUUGGACGAUGACGAAAAGAAGGAGAUUCUGGGUACAUGCGGGUACUUACAGCCUACUCCGGUGGCGAAGCCAAAGCAGAAAGGUCAUGGUAGUGGUUCUGUUAGCCAGGAGAAAGCGAAACUAUAG